UUGAUUUCGAUUGAGGCGUUUAAUUGCAAAUUUAAUUAAAAUUAUUAGUCAAAAUAUGAAAAAAGAAAAUAUAUAUAUAUGGCACUUAAAUAAUUUUGAAAUAUUUUAAAUUUUUGUUAGUGCCAAAUAUUUAAAUAAAAAAAUUUUAGUCCAAAUUAAAACACUUUUAAUUGUUCGAUUUAAUAAAUUUUGCAACUACACGCCUUAAUUCGAAAGCGCGUUUUAAUUCGAUUGUCGAUGAAACUAUAUCGUUCUGGCGGUAAACCUGUUAAAUCAAUAAUAAUUUGUCGUCUUUUAUACAAGUGUGCAAAAGUUCUCAUCAAGCGUGAGAACCGCAGCAUAUAUAUAAUUACAAUCAGACGAUUCGUAGAUAUGUCUUAGCAUAAAAAGUGAACGAAGAUCGACAGGGCUUUAAAUACGAAAAAGAAAUGUGUCUCUGCCUUGGGCCAUUUAAAUCAGGCAAAACUCUCCUAAUGAAAAGUCUCCAAGGAGACGAGAUUGACAAUGCGACUUAUACCGUAUCUACCAAUGGGAUAAAUUUAUUUACUAUAAAAAAUGAUACUGGCGAAUUUGACAUGGUGAUCAAAGAAAUCGGAGGUAGCAUGGCACCGAUAUGGAAACAUUACUUUGACAAGAUUCAUAAAAUAAUCUACGUAGUGGAUACGAGUAAUCUUUGCCAAAUAAGUGCAGCAGGUGUAUUGCUCUAUUCCUUUCUGGUAGAACCGAGAUUACGAAACGUAAGAGUCGCGCUCAUCUUGAAUAAAAUGGAUGUUUCGUACCGUCAGAUGAGAAACGAAGCUCUGCUGAUGCUGCAAUAUGCACGUUUACAAAGGGAAGUGACGCAAAAGAUCACUGUAUUUGAGACCAGUGGAAUGACGGGUCAAGGUGUGGAGGAUCUACGCGGCUGGUUGUUUGACCCGGAAACGCUGAAAGCCACGCUCAAUGCUAAUAAAUGAGCGAUUAUAUCGUUACGCGAUGAAAAAGAAAGUUAUCUUAAAAUGCCUCGUCCUUUUUUAUUUACACUCGAUCUUACAAAGUUAUAAAAGUGUACUACAAAUUCGAGUACUCUUUGAAGAUAAUAUAUUAAUGCGUGUUGUCAUAUACAGCCUACGUCUCACAUGCGCAAUUCUAAAAAAAAAAAAAAAAAAAAAAAA